AUGGUUUCCAGUUUCUUGCUUCGGCUUCUGGUGGUUACGGCUUAUGUGAAGAGCAUCACUUCCAUGUCACGGGACUGCGAUGGCAGUGAGGAUCCGGGCAUUUGCAGGAGCCAGGUUGUUUCGGGCAUGCCACCAGAUGAAGCUGAUGAGUCGGCGGCUUUGCAAGCCAAGCUGGAACCGCAACCCCUGCGAUUUCGUCGCUGGUUCCGGCCUCGUCGUGGUCGCAGUUACUACGGGUACUAUGGGCAAAAGACCACCACGGUGCCGAUCACCGCAGUGCCGACCACCACGGUAACCACCACAACUGCCGCACAGCCUUUCUGGAUCGUGGCCGAUGCCAACCAGGCUUGCAAUGUGGCUUGCAGUGCCUUCAACACGACGGAAGUGAGCUUCGAGUGCGGAAAGGAUGAGAUGGGUGCCAUCAACUCCACACAGACAAUCUCCGACCUGGUCGCGAGUCUCAACGAGACAUGCAACUUUGGAAGUGGCGACAUCGACAGAGACGAGCCAGGAGCUCCUUUCAUCGAUGCCCGCAAUGACAAGUGCUACUACUGGGACCCGACUAAGCCACCUGCUGCCAUUGGCUGCGACUCAGUGCGGUAUCCUCAUCGCAGGCCUCUGUGCUACUGCAAGCCUGUUGAGCCGGCAAAUCCAGAUGGAGCGUGGUUUCGCGCGAGUAACCAAAACAUACCAUGCAACACGGUGUGCAACGCGAACGGCUACACGGAGUGUGGCAAGGAAGAGAUGGCUGCGAUCAACUCGACGGAAACAAUCAGGGCGUUGGCCUGGGAUCUCGGCAUUAUCUGCAAAGAUCCGCCCCCUUCCAACGACGUCCGAGGCGACUCAGGAUCUCCGUUCAUCCUCCCGAACGGUGACUGCUACUACUGGGACUCGACCAAGCCGCCUGCGUCUAUUGACUGUGACACGUUUCCAUUGUCCAAUCCCAACCGCAAACCUUUGUGCUACUGCAAGCCUGUUUCUUCGGCAAGCAAGGCGGAUCCAGAUGGAGGGUGGUUCACAGGUGCCACAAAUAAUAUAGCAUGCGACGUGGUUUGCAAUGACAACGGCUAUGCAGAGUGUGGAGAGGAAGAGAUGGCCGCUAUCAACAAUACACAGGCAAUCGAGGCCUUGGCCUGGGAGCUUGGCAUCGUCUGCACUGUCAACUCCGGCGACCCCUCCCGAAACAAUGCGGGGACUCCGUUCCUGUCGGGGAACAGUUGCUACUAUUGGGAUCCGAACACAGCGGCUUCGCAGGUAGACUGCAGCUCCGUGAAAAGCACCAACCGCAGGCCAUUUUGCUUUUGCAAGACCCUGCUGCCGGAAGACCGCUAG